CGGAUCGCGUACUGCUCGUCCGUCGUCCGCGCACGGAACACGCACACGUAAAGAGUCCACGAGAGAACCCGAGUCACACGCACCACACACACACGAUGCACGCCGCAGCCGUGCUUUUGCUGGUCGCUUUCGCCGCGAUCGCCAAGGCGGCCAUCAUCAGGAACGGCGCCGAACUACCGACUUACACGGACCCGUGUAAAAGAAACGAUAAGGACUUCAAUGGAUGCCUGAAGAAAACUCUUCAAUACUUGAUCCCGAAAUUCAGCAAAGAGGGAAUUCCUGAGCUAAACGUCACUUCUUUGGAUCCAUUCUACUUAAACGAAUAUUUGAUGCAUUUUGAAUCACCACAACUCGAAGGAAAAGCGUUGUUCAAAGAUGUUUACGACUACGGUUUAGGUUCCAUCAAAAUCGUCGAUGUCAGAUCCAUCAUCGAAGAUCCGGAAAAAUUGGAAUUGGAAGUGGACUUUUACAUGCCAAAAGUGAUAUCAAACGGAAAAUUCAAGGGCGAGGGAAGGAUUGGUCAGAUUCCGAUCAUGGGCAAAGGGGUCUUCAACGUGACGUCUUACGAUGUGACCGGAUCGUGGUUGUUGAGAGGUAACGCCAUCGAGGUAGACGGACAACGUUACAUGCGCAUCAAGGACGUUGGCAUGAAACUGGACAUCGGUGACAUGAAAAUAUACGCGACCAACAUGAUCAACGGAAGUCCCGAACUGAGCCAAAUGGCGUUGACUUUCGCCAACCAAUUCUGGCGGGUCAUAUUCCAAAUCAUGAUGCCGUACGCCGAAGAGGGUUUCGAGAAAAUCACCAGACCCAUUCUCAACCAAGUGUUCCUGGAGGUCCCUUACGAUCAGCUGUUCCCGCCCAACCGCAAAUGAACUCUCCCCGCAAGGCCGUCAUAACUCAUAACUUCGACUUAGCUUUACGAUUAUUUCUUUCCCUAAAUGUUUAUCAUGUGUACUCACACGUAAUACCUAAUAUUAUACACGUACCAUUUACAGUAUAUUAUUAGUGUUAAUAUUUAUUAGGUGUAAGUUUUUAUUUUUUAUUUCUUAUUUUUAAUUUUUUUAUACUUAUGUUAUGCCACGCCACGCUGUUACGUACAUCCGCUGAAGCGCAUCGUCAGUAAACGCAGAUUUAUCCUGCGCGCGAUGUUAAUAUUUAUUACUGUUAAGGUCUAAUGUAAAAUACUAUAGGUAUACAUUUGAAAUU